UAUACUUCAACAAUAGUAUGAAUACGAAUUUCUAUGCUGCAUCACCAACAACAUUUUCGUAUCAAAGUGUUUUUUUUUGGUUUUAUUGCAUUUUUUUUCGUCAAUUUUUCUGCAGAUAAAUGAAGCAUUGGAAUUGGAUUAAAAAUGCUAAAGAAAUUUAUUUAUUUAAGUGCUGUGAUAUUUAUUAUUAGCUUAGAUAUAACUGAAGGUGCCUUAAGGAGAUGUUACCAAUGUCGUUCGCGCGGUGAACUUGGAAGCUGCAAAGAUCCAUUUAAAUACAAUGUCACCCAAAUUGACAAUGAGCACGGAAUCACUGCGGUACCUUGUGCAUCCGGAUGGUGUGGAAAAGUCAUCGAAAGUCAAGGCACACUAAGAGAUGACGAUUACGACAUGGCAACACAACGAAUGUGCGUACAACGAGGACCAUCAGAUUCGGAGGAUCGAUGCGCCCACACUACAUACAAUUAUAAAAAAGUCUAUAUGUGUUUUUGUCAAGGAGAUUUAUGCAACACAGCCGCUGAUAAAUUCGUUCCAAAUUUCAUAAAAUUAGCUCUAAUUUCCACGACAGUCGUACUUUGGAGUUUGAUGCAAAUUUAAUGAAAAACGGAUUUAAUGGAUUUUAUUUUGUUAACGCAUAUGUAUGUAAAUAUAUGUCGAUAGUCUUUUUUACGGAACAGUUUUCUUUUUGAAACGGAACGAACAAGCUAGUUAACUACAAUAAUUUUGUAUGUACUUUUUUUUAAUGAAAUAAAAUUGUCAAAAAGCCACAUAUUCAAAGCGAAAUAUUGAAAAUA